AUGGCAAGCCGAGCUCUCACUCUCCUCCAGCUCACUGCCACCCUCCUCGUGGCGCUACUCGCGACUUGCCAUGCCGGCAGCAUCGCCGUGUACUGGGGCCAGAACGACGGUGAGGCGUCGCUGGCUGAGACGUGCGCGUCUGGAAACUACGAGUUCGUCAUCCUGGCUUUCCUCCCAAAGUUCGGUAAGGGCCAGACGCCACAGCUGGACCUUGGCAGCCAUUGCGACGCCUCGUCGGGCGGCUGCAAAAGCCAGAGCACGGACAUCCACUCUUGCCAGCGCGGCGGUGUCAAGGUCCUACUCUCCAUCGGUGGUGGAGAUGGCAGCUACGGCCUCUCAUCACCUGGUGAUGCACGACAAGUUGCCAUGUACCUCUGGAACAACUAUUUGGGCGGCACGUCAUCAUUCCGCCCUCUCGGCGAGGCGGUACUCGAUGGCAUUGACUUCGACAUCGAGCUCGGUGGUGCCAAAUUUUGGAAUGAUCUCGCCACAGACCUGAAGAAAUUGGGAAAAAACGGAGGCAAGGCCGUGCUACUGAGCGCGGCACCGCAGUGCCCAUUCCCGGACGAGUGGGACAGCAAUGCGAUCAACACGGGUCUGUUCGAUUUCGUUUGGGUACAGUUCUACAACAACCCAGAGUGCCAGUUCAGUGCGGGGCGUGGAGCGUUCAUGGACGCAUGGAAAAGAUGGGAGUCGGUGCCGGCAGGGAAGAUCUUCCUAGGACUGCCGGCCUCCAAGGACGCCGCGGGCACCGGGUUCGUGCCUGCCGUUGAGCUCACAUCACGCGUGCUUCCACUCAUCAAGGGCUCGCCCAAGUACGGCGGCGUCAUGCUUUGGUCAAAAUUCUAUGAUGAUCGCACUGGAUACAGCUCCGCCAUCAAGAGCCAUGUGUGA